CGGUAACGACUCGCAUAAAGGGGAGCCCGCCGCCGCCGUCAUCUUCCGCGCAACACUAACACACUGACAACAUGUUCAGCCGAGGCCGUGGCGACAAUUCCGCCAGCAGCGGUGGAGCUGGAGCCGGCUACGCUGGCGCGGGGCAUCCAGUUGAAAGUGGACCGCGUGCGCGAUUGAACGACUAUCGAGACGCAGCGAAUAGUAAUCCCGGUUUUGUCGGUGCGAGUAACGCUUAUCAAGGCUCAUACGAUUGUGACCCGAGUGCAGUUCGGAAUCCUAAUUCCAACCCGCAAGGAUACUACCAACAGCGCCAGGCUCCUGUCGACCCGAACGCCAGUUAUUACGCGAAUCAACAACAGCAACAGAUCGCGCCCGGUGAAUAUUACGACGAGGACGAAGACAUGGAGGCAGAACGUGAUUUGGCCGAGGACGCGCAAUGGAAGAAAAUCCAACAGAACACUUUCACGCGCUGGGCUAAUGAGCAUCUGAAACUAAUCAAUCACAACAUCAAUAAUCUCGAGACAGAUCUCUCAGACGGUCUUCGUUUGAUCGCUCUGAUUGAGGUGUUGUCUCAGAAACGGAUGCCCAAAUAUAAUAAGAGGCCGACAUUCCGCAGUCAGAAACUGGAAAAUGUUUCUGUCGCCUUGAAAUUCCUCGAGGAAGAACACAUUAAAAUUGUUAAUAUCGAUUCAUCCGAUAUCGUCGACUGCAAGCUCAAACUUAUUUUAGGAUUAAUAUGGACUCUGAUUCUUCACUAUUCAAUUUCAAUGCCCAUGUGGGAAGGUGAGGAGGAUAAUCGAGUUAAUGGGUCAGAAUCAACGCCGAAACAAAGACUUCUUAAUUGGAUUCACACGAGAAUACCCGAAUUGCCAAUCAACAAUUUCACAACAGAUUGGACCAGUGGCAAAGCUGUCGGCGCGUUGGUUGAUGCUUGUGCCCCUGGCUUAUGCCCUGACUGGGAUAUCUGGGAUCCAAAAGAUGCCGUGCAAAACGCCUCCGAAGCUAUGGGCUUGGCUGAUGAUUGGUUGAACGUCCGACAAUUGAUCAAACCUGAGGAAAUGGUUAAUCCAAACAUUGAUGAACAAUCAAUGAUGACAUAUUUGUCGCAAUAUCCGAAUGCUAAAUUGAAGAGUGGAGCCCCAUUAAGACCAAAGACAAAUCCGAAUAGAGUCCGUGCAUAUGGUCCAGGUAUUGAACCAAUUGGACCUGUUGUUGGGGCACCAGCUAAUUUCACAGUGGAAACUUUCUCUGCCGGAAAAGGUGUUGUUGAUGUCACAAUCAUUGGCCCCAACGGUGUUGCAGAAAAGGCUGACGUUCGUUUCAACAACGAUAAAAAUUUAACAUAUUCGGUAUCAUACAUACCACAAAUGGAAGGAACACAUAAAGUUCUUAUAAAAUUUUCGGGUCGUGAUAUUCCAAAAAGUCCAUAUGAAGUUAAGGUUGAAGGACAUGCUGGAGAUGCGUCAAAGGUGUCUGUUUCAGGACCUGGCAUCCAACCAAGUGGCGUUUCCAUUAAUCGAUCGACGUUCUUCGAUAUCUCAACUAAAGAUGCUGGACGCGGGGUCCCUGAGGUCAUUAUCAUCGAUCCAGCCAAUCACAAAACAUCAGUUCCAGCACAGUUGCGACAGAUUGAGAAGGACCAAUGGCGCUGUGAAUAUGUUUCACCACUGGUCGGCUUACAUUCUGUAAAUGUAUUUUAUGCCGGUAAUCCAAUUCCGAACAGUCCGUUCCCCGUGAAAGUAGCACCAAUUUCGGAUGCUCGUAAAGUACGUGCCAGUGGAAGAGGUCUUCAAGCGACAGGUGUUCGUGUUGGAGAUGAAGCUGACUUCAAAAUUCAUACUGAAGGAGCCGGCGAAGGUGUUCCAGAAGUUAAAAUCAUCGGUCCUGGUGGCGCUAAUCAGACAGUGAUGGUUACAAAAGUUAAUGGCACUACUUACGAGGCUCUUUAUUAUCCAGUGAAGGAAGGUCGUUAUGUUAUCAUGGUUACAUUUGGUGGCCAAGAAAUUCCAAAGUGUCCAUUUGAAAUCACUGUCGGACCAAAGAAGGAAUCAGCAAUUGUGGCUUAUGGACCUGGUUUGCGUAGUGGUGUUGUUGGUUAUCCAGCUGCGUUUGUAGUUGAAACCAAUGGCGAAACCGGUGCAUUAGGUUUUACGGUGGCCGGUCCAUCACAAGCAGAGAUUGAGUGCCAUGACAAUGGCGAUGGAUCCGCGUUAGUCAAAUAUCAUCCAACUGCUGUUGGUGAAUAUGCUGUGCAUAUUCUUUGCGACAACGAAGACAUUCCAAAAAGUCCACACAUAGCUCAAAUUCUACCACGUACUGACUUCCAUCCAGAGCUGGUGAAAGCUUUCGGUCCAGGGUUACAAAAGAAUGGUGUUACCUUGAAAGAAGCGACAUCGUUUACAGUUGACACUUCUAAGGCUGGUAAUGCCCCGUUAGAAGUUAUCGUUCAAGAUGCAUACGGUACCACCGUACCAGUAACCUUUAAGGAUAAGCCGGACGGUACUAAAUUGUGCACAUAUUCUCCAAUUUCUGGAUUGCCCCACACUGUUGAAGUUAACUAUGGUGGAGUUGCAACACCAAAUUCACCGCAUCGCAUCUACGUUGGAGUUCCACUUGAUCCGUCAAAAGUGCAAAUAUUCGGCCCAUGGCUCGAACCAGGAGUUAAACCUAACGUCGCAACACAUUUCAAUGUUGAUGCCAGGGAUGCUGGCGAUGGAGAGCUCAAAGUAACGGUUAUUCAUGAAGAAACAAAAGCUGAAGUUCCAGUUCGAAUUAUCGAUAACGAAGAUAAUACAUAUUCAGUUGAACUCAUUCCACCAACAGCUGGUUCAUUCACAACAAAUCUACAGUACGGAGGUCUUAAAGUUCCAAUAUCCCCGAAAGUUUUUGUGUCGAAUCCAGUUGAUGUUUCCAAAAUUAAAGUGGAUGGUCUUGAGCCAACUGCACCUGUAAAUAGUCUUCAACAGUUCCGUAUCAUUACAAAUGGUGUUGGGAAGGCAGAUCUAGCCGUAACAAUAACAAGUCCGUCAGGCAGUCGUGUUAAAGCUCACGUCAUACCCACCGCCGAAGGUUUCUUGGUGAAUUUCACGCCAACACAAUUGGGUGAAUAUUUGCUAAGUGUAUGCUUCGGCGGCACGCCAAUCACACCAAGGCCAUUCCGUCUACAAUGUCUCACAGGAAGUGACUCAAAUAAGGUUCGAGCCUUUGGGCCGGGAUUGGAGAGAGGUAUUGUGGGACAACCAGCUGAAUUUAAAAUAGAUACAAGAGGAGCUGGCCAGGGUGGAUUGGGUGUGACAGUAGAAGGUCCAUGUGAAGCCGCAAUCAGCUGCCGUGAUAAUGGUGAUGGGACAUGUAAUGUCGCUUACUUGCCCUUAGAAGUAGGAGAUUAUACUGUCAAUAUAACUUUUAACGAUCGUCAUAUUGUCGGAUCACCGUUUCAAGCGAUGAUCUUACCGCAACCGAACUUGAAUAAGAUUCGCGUAUCCGGAUUAGGAAUACAGCCUCACGGUGUGAUCAUGAACGCCUCAACGGACUUCAUGGUGGAUAUGAGUAAAAUCGGAAGCAAUGUUGAACCCAGCAAAUUGUCUUGCUCGAUCUUUGACCCCCGUGGAAAUAUUGUGCCAAGCAAAAUUGUUCCUGGAAGCUCGAAUGAAGUCUUCAAAAUUAUGUAUACACCAUUCGAAGCGGGCCGUCAUACAAUAGAAUUGCUUUAUGAUAAUGUUCCAGUGCCAGGAUCACCAUUUGUUGUUCACGUAAAGAGUGAAUGCGAUCCAAACAGAUGCAGAGCUUAUGGCCCGGGGUUAGAAAAAGGAAUGACGAACCAACUUUGCAAAUUUACAGUUGAAACUAAGGGAGCUGGAACUGGUGGUCUCUCUUUAGCUAUCGAAGGUCCAUCGGAAGCUAGAAUGAGCUGUAUUGACAAUAGAGACGGAAGUUGUGACGUUGAAUAUUUGCCAGUUGAACCUGGCGAGUACGAUAUUACUAUUAAAUUCGCCGAAAAACAUAUUCCUGGAUCGCCCUUCAGUGUUCUCGUUGAGGAAUCUGUUGAUUCAAAUAAAGUAAAUGUUUACGGUCCUGGAAUUGAACAUGGUGAAGUACGUGAAGGAGUUCCUACAUUCUUUAAUGUAGAUGUCUCCAAUGCCGGACCUGGAAAAGUUGGUGUUACUAUUAGCAACUCAGAGGGAAAACCUAUUGAAAAUUUAAAAGUUGAAGAUAAAGGAGAUGGAAUAUAUGCCGUUCAUUACGUACCACCCAAGGAAGGUUCUGUUCUUACGGCCCAAGUUAAGUUUGCUGACCAAGAAGUACCUUGCAGCCCAUUUGUAAUGACUGUGUUCCCCAAAUUUGAGACUAAAAAUGUAAAAGUAGUUGGCGAUACGCAAAAGAAGAAGAUGCCAGCAUCGUUACCUGCCAAAUUCCAAAUCGAUACGAAAAAGGCAGGCGAAGCUGAUAUUAAUGUUUCAAUCAAGCAUCCCAAAGGAAAGUCAUUAAUUCCGAAAAUUGAACAAAUCGAGGAUGGAACAUAUGCAGUAACUUUUGUUCCGGAUGAAUGUGGGCCCUAUAAAUUGAGCGUCAAAUACGGUGGUACCGACGUGGAAGGAUCACCUUUCACGAUCCAAGCUUAUCCAACUGGAGAAGCUAAAAAGUGCAAAAUAGUCGAAUGUGCUCCUACAGUGCAACCAUCAGGAAGCAAGAGUCGUAUUAGUGUUGACGCUAGGGAGGCUGGAGAUGGUGCUGUUACAUGCAGAAUAACUUCUGACAGUGGCAGUGAAAUACUCGAUAUUGAUGUUAUUGAAAAAGACGGUUUCUUCGAUAUUUACUACGUACUCAGUAAUCCUGGAGACUAUGAUAUUGAUCUUAAGUUUGGAGGACAAAACGUACCAAAUGGAUCAUUCGCAAUUAAGGCUGUUGAAAGUGUUGAAGAAAUCACAAGCACAACAAAGACAACUCACCAUAAGGAAUUAUACUCGGAGUCAUCUCUUGUACAGAAGAAAACUACUGAACAGCUUCAGAAUAAUAUUUCACAGAGUAUAACAGAGACAACUGAAUUAAAAUAUCGAACAGUUGCAUUAGAAAAAUUACCUUUACCAAGCACCGGGGGUAACGUUGUUGCUGAAGUAAAAAUGCCGAGUGGAAAAGUUGAUAAACCUCUAAUUGAGGACAAUCGCGAUGGUACAGUUUCAAUCAAAUAUGACCCAAAAGAAGAGGGUGUUCACGAAUUGGCUGUUAAGUACAAUGGAGAGCAUGUCCAAGGAUCGCCAUACAGAUUCCACGUUGAUUCCAUCUCAUCUGGAUAUGUUACCGCUUACGGUCCAGGCUUAACUCACGGCGUAAGUGGUGAACCAUGUGUGUUCACAAUUUCGACUAAAGGCGCCGGAGCUGGUGGUUUGUCAUUGGCUGUCGAAGGGCCAAGCAAGGCUGAUAUCUCCUACCAUGACAACAAAGAUGGAACCGUCACCGUAACCUAUCUUCCAACUGCUCCCGGCGAAUAUAAGAUUUCUGUUCGAUUCGGGGAUAAGAACAUCAAAGGCUCUCCAUUCUUCUCCAAGAUCACUGGUGAAGGUCGUAAACGUAAUCAAAUCUCUGUUGGAUCCUGCUCUGAAGUUACAUUGCCUGGAGCGAUCACUGAUGCUGAUCUGCGCUCAUUGAAUGCUUCCAUUCAGGCACCAAGUGGUCUUGAGGAACCAUGCUUCUUGAAGAGAAUGCCAAGCGGUAAUAUUGGCGUUUCAUUCACGCCACGUGAAGUCGGUGAACAUCAAGUGUCCGUGAAACGUAUGGGCAAACAUAUUCAGAAUUCACCAUUCAAAGUCAACGUAUGCGAACGUGAAGUUGGCGAUGCCAAGAAAGUGAAAGUCUCUGGAAGUGGAUUGAAGGAAGGAAAAACUCACGUUGAAAAUACCUUCAGUGUAGAUACUCGUAAUGCUGGCUAUGGUGGCUUAUCUCUCUCAAUCGAAGGUCCAAGCAAAGCUGAAAUUUUGUGCAAUGACAAGGAAGAUGGAACACUCAACAUUUCAUACAAACCCACUGAACCCGGUUAUUAUAUUGUGAACCUGAAGUUCGCUGAUCACCAUGUUGAAGGCUCACCUUUCACAGUCAAAGUAACUGGUGAAGGUUCCAAUCGCCAACGUGAAAAGAUUCAAAGACAACGCGAUGCUGUGCCAGUCACUGAAGUCGGAAGCCAAUGCAAGCUUACAUUCAAAAUGCCAGGCAUCACUUCAUUCGAUCUUUCCGCUUGUGUAACAUCACCUAGCAAUGUAACCGAAGAUGCUGAAAUUCAAGAGGUCGAAGACGGUCUCUAUGCCGUCCACUUCGUACCCAAGGAGUUGGGAGUCCACACUGUCUCAGUCCGCUACAAGGAAAUGCAUAUUCCUGGAUCGCCUUUCCAAUUCACAGUUGGUCCAUUGAAAGAUUUCGGUGCCCAUUUGGUUAAGGCCGGUGGAUCCGGUCUAGAACGUGGCGAAGUUGGUAUUCCAUGUGAAUUCAACGUUUGGACACGUGAAGCUGGUGGUGGUUCACUUGCUAUUUCCGUUGAAGGUCCCAGCAAAGCUGAUAUUGAAUUCAAGGAUCGCAAGGAUGGAUCUUGCGAUGUUUCAUACAAAGUCACUGAACCUGGUGAAUAUCGUAUUGGCCUGAAAUUCAACGAUCGCCAUAUUCCUGAUUCUCCAUACAAAGUGUACAUUUCACCAGAAGUCGGUGAUGCCCAUAAAAUGGAAGUUCAACAGUUCCCAGAAGGAGCUAUUCAAGCUGAUACUCCAGCACAGUUCUUAGUACGUAGGAAUGGAGCCAAGGGUGAAUUGGACGCCAAGAUUGUUGCGCCAUCUAACACCGAAGACGAUUGCUUCAUCCAGGCUAUUGAUGCAGACAUGUACUCAGUCCGCUUCUAUCCACGCGAGAAUGGCAUUCACUCCAUCCAUGUGAAAUUGAACAGCGUUCACAUUCCUGGCUCCCCAUUCAGAAUUAAGGUCGGAAAGGAUGUCGCCGAUCCAGCUGCUGUUCAUGCUCAUGGCACUGGUUUGGAUGGAGUGAAGAGUGGUCAAAAGGCCGACUUCAUUAUCAACACUUGCAAUGCUGGUGCUGGCACAUUAGCUGUCACUAUGGAUGGUCCAUCUAAGGUUUCAAUGGAUUGUACUGAGGUCGAAGAGGGCUACAAAGUCAGAUUUACUCCACUUUUGCCUGGAGAUUAUUAUUGUUCAAUUAAAUACAAUAAUAUGCAUAUUGUCGGCUCACCAUUCAAGAUCCCAUGCAUAGGUGAUAAACUCGCUGACGAAGGCGCACAAGAGACAUCAUCCGUAAUUGUAGAGACUGUACCAAAAAUAGCCAAGGAAGGAAAGAAUUCAGGAGUUGUAUUGCCACACUUCAAAUCUGACGCCAGUAAAGCCCAUGCUAAAGGUUUAGGUCUCAAGAAGGCCUACAUUGGCAAACAAAAUCAAUUUACAGUAUCUGCAUCUGAUGCCGGCAACAACAUUCUCUACGUCGGCAUGUAUGGACCCAAAGGACCUUGCGAGGAAGUUUUCAUCAAACACACAGGCCGUAACAAUUAUACCGUCAAUUACGUAGUUCGCGAUCGUGGCGAAUAUUUAUUGAUAAUCAAAUGGGGAGAUGACCAUAUUCCUGGAUCACCUUUCAAGAUUGAAUCUUAGAUCCUAGGGAAGAGAACUUGCGGAUCUUUUGUUUGAAACAACAAAGCGCACAUCUACAGACGUUUCGAAUAAAACAAAAAAAACGUUCUUAUAAUGUUAAUCAAUUACAAUUAUUUCCAAAUAAUAAGAUAAAAGAUAUUGUUUUUUCCCAAUACUUUUUUCUAUAAUUUUCUACAAUUCGUUUAUGUUCAGUAAUACUUUUAUUACUAUAUCUAUAAUUAUAAAUAAUUUUAGAGGACAAAUGAGGGGCUUAGCCACGAAACAUUAGAAUGACAGCCACAACUACGGAAAUAAAUGAAUGAUGCCAUCUAAUUGAAUAUCUCCGUUAAAAAACGAAGUGAAGUUAUAAAAAAUAUUGAUUAUAAAGAUAUAUUUCAUUAUGCACGUAUUUGUGUUGCACAGUUUUAUUAUUACAUUUUUUUGUUAAUUUGACUCAUAAUUUUUAGAACAAUAUUUAUGUUUUACAUAUGAUUAUUUUUCUGUUAUCCUCUUUUGAAGAAAACAUAAAUAAUAAAAGUCAAUCUUAUAAACUUAGUCGAAAAGA